AUGCCGGUCGAAACACCUCAACAAGGCAAGGACGGUGGCGUUGGGCCUCAGACCGAGGUCGAUAGUAACAAUGCGGAUGACAUCGUGCACGAGUUUCACAUGACUGAAGCUAAACCCAACGGACAAGACGCUGAUGGUGGUGCAGAGGAAUCGAUCAAGUCUUCAGGCUCAAAUGAGGCUCCUCAGGACUCCGAUCUUGUACAUGCACGACAACAGCCACAAAGCGCAGCUAAGGAUAACAACCUCUUGCAGGCAGGCCAGGGAGAUGAUGGAAGCAUGUCCAGGCCCGCGACCCUGCAUGUCGAUGUAGAUGGCCAGGCACCACCAAACCAACCCGCCCCCAAAGAGGCCCGUGCCGCGAGCAACCUCAAAGCCGCAAGUACCAUCCCAGAGCCAGCCGUAUCUCUUUCCGCCUCGCGACCCAACAUGCUCCCUCCACCGAGACUCAGUAUGGCAGCCUCUUCUUUCAUCAAUCCGACCCCCACACUGACGCCCGGCUCGACUUGGGGUCCUACAGCUGCGUCUGCCGCUGCAGCAAGGGCCGAGGCAGCUGAGCCGGGGAGGAUAGGAGAUCUGAAGCGGUUCACUCUAUGGGAGACAAAGACUCGCUUCUACCUUGUUGCUUACAACACCAGCCAAACCAGGUUUCGUAUUCUCAAAGUUGACCGAACACCACCGAUAAUGACAGCCCCACCCAGGGCCCAGGCCGACCCGGACAGAUCUCGCGAAACAAACUUGGCUGCUGGUACAGCAUCCGCUCAAAACCAGGCUUCGGCUUCUGCAGACUUUCCUUCCAAUAGCUCAACGCCGCUUCCGCCAUCCAAGGGAGGAGAUCCUAAAACCGAUACGAGCAAAGGGGUCAAGAUCAGCACAAAUCUAGGCCCAGUCGAUUGCUCAGUCCGCGGUCAACGCUUCCUCUCACUCAACGAUCCGCACAUCUGCCGGCUCAACCGUCGCAUGCUGGAUGCCAAGCAAGUGCCCCGUGAAGGUGCUGCAUCUUCAUUCACAACUACAUCGGCCUCGAACAAGACUGCCACUGCCAUUGGAACGUCAAAGAUGGCCGCUGCCUCCAACCCGAACGCAGAGGUCAGGUCCAAUCCGACAAGCUCAGCUUCCACGAUCAGACAAGCAGAAUCCACGACAGGGUCCAAGGCUACUGGCUUCAACACCAAGUCGAGCGCAGCAGAGUGGGAGCUCAACGUCACUUCUGAUCGCGUUGUCUACUCACGCACGCAGGUCGCCGAGCUGCUCGAGAUGAUCCGUGAGGGCAAUCGUGCCACUGGAGGCCUCCACGAGAUAGGUCGUUUCUUCGGCAUCGUAGGCUUCAUCCGCUUCACGAGCACUUACUACAUGGUACUCAUCAGCAGGCGAAGCGUCGUCGCGUUGAUAGGUGGCCACUACGUCUACCACUGCGAUGAGACUGUCAUACUGCCGGUCUGCCACGCCUCGGUUCUCGCCUCAUUACCAGGGCGGACAAAGCUGAUGGAACAGGAAGAGGCGCGCCUUCUUCAUCUCUUCAAGCAAGUCGACCUCAGUAAGAACUUCUACUUCAGCUAUACCUACGAUUUGACAAAGACGCUGCAGGACAACCUCACUUCGGCUCCCGGAGAUCCGCUCGACCAAGCAAGCUCUGUCUCGCCCUCCACACAGCCUCUCACUGCUUGGGGCUACAACGAAAAGUUCAUCUGGAAUCAUCACCUGCUGCUUCCAGCGUUCGCCGCAUCAGAACACAUGCAGCCUCACGAAGAUCCUCGCAACGAAUGGGUUUUACCGCUCGUGUACGGCUUUGUGGACCAAGCAAAGCUGAGUGUGCUCAACCGUACCGUUUAUACGACGCUAAUUGCUCGAAGGUCAAGACACUUUGCAGGAGCACGGUUCCUCAAACGAGGUGUCAACGAAAAGGGUCAUGUGGCCAACGAUGUCGAGACAGAACAGAUCGUUAGUGAAGCUCUCACGACCCCUUUCUUCGCACCGGGUCGCAAACGGUUCGAGCCGAGAGAUCGACACCCUCGACCAACUUCCGGCGGGUUGCGCGCUGGCCCGGAGCUGAUACGUGCAAACGGCUUGCGUGAGAAGCCCAUCUUCCAGCCACCCACUGCCGGAGCCAUGCACUACCCAGAAGCUUCAGGCGCAAAAGGAGCAGAAGACGACGAUGAUGAUUACGAGGACCUCCCGCUCGACGCUUCACCUCGUUAUACUUCCUAUGUCAUGAUGAGAGGCAGUAUCCCUGUCUACUGGACACAGGAUACCACCAACAUGUCUCCCCGCCCUCCCAUUGAGGUCUCGCUUGUAGACCCGUACUACUCAGCCGCCGCGCUUCACUUUGACGAGCUCUUCCAUCGUUACGGCACACCGGUGAUUGUUCUCAAUCUUAUCAAGAAGAAGGAGAAGCAGGAACGCGAGGUUAAGCUGCUUCGAGCUUUUGGCGAAUGCGUCACCUAUCUCAACCAGUUCCUGCCAACCAGCAAGAAGAUUCGAUACAUCGCAUGGGACAUGAGUCAAGCGAGUAAAGACCAUGCUCAGGACGUCAUCGGCAUCUUGGAAGACAUUGCCGAAGAGACGCUCGCCACAACGCACUUCUUCCAUUCCGGUCCCGAGCCUAGUGCCUUCAGGCCACGUGCCACUACGCAGAGCAACUCCAAUGUAUCUGGAAAGGGACCUGCCGCUCCGGGUAUGCGUGUUGACGGCUGGGGACAUACAUCGAAGGCCAUCAGCGGAGAAAUUGCAGGCUCAGCGUUUGGUGAGGGCACCCGAAGAGAAACAAUCCUUUUACAAGAGGGUGUUGCGAGAGUCAAUUGCGUCGAUUGCCUUGACAGAACUAAUGCUGCUCAAUUCGUCAUCGGCAAAGGAGCCUUUGGACACCAAUUGCAUGCACUUGGAUUGUUGGACAACCCGUACUUGGAGUUCGACUCGGAUGCCGCCAACAUGCUGACCGAGAUGUACCACGACCUUGGAGACACAAUCGCCAUGCAGUACGGAGGAUCUGCUCUCGCUCACACGACAGACACCUACAGGAAGAUCAAUCAGUGGACUUCACAUUCUCGGGAUGUGCUAGAGACCAUGAAGCGAUACUAUGCAAACUCGUUUGCCGAUGCUGACAAACAAGCAGCGAUCAACCUCUUCCUCGGUGUAGACCCCAUGGCACCAGAUUUUGCACCGCACGUGUUUCCGGAAACCAUCACAGUCGGCAAAGAGCAGGAAAAGAAGGCGGUACGCGCGGUACCGUUUCGGCCUCACUACCAGAACUGGUUCGAUCCUUUGCACCUGAGGCCGCGCGGCUCCAUCGAGGCUCGUCAACGAAGGUUGAAAGAAGUCGCUAACGCUGAUGCCGGGUUCUGGGCCGAGUACUACCGCCCGAGUCUCUUCACGGAUCUGAACCGCCACCACGCCUUCAAGAUGACAGCUGUGCAUCAGUACUCGCAUCUUCAUGGCGGUGUUUCGCACUCGUCAGGAGGGCUUGGCAUGCCUCACAGCCAGUCAGCAGGUGCGUUGAGCAUGUACUCGACGCAGAUUGGCGGUGCAGCUGAUCUGCGCCGUCAUGUUCGUUCGGCGUCCAACUCAAGUUUGUCUUCAGCGCAGUUCAAUGCGAUGCAAGCUGAAGUCCUAGUCGAGUAUCCUAGCCCUUUCAAGCCUCGGCGUGGUGGUGCUUCUGACUCGUCAGCCUACAGAAGGCAUCAUGAGUUCGGACGCCAAUCUAUCGAAGAUGCCCGAAGCUUCACAACGCAAACAUCGACGACCUUGGUCAACGACGGCCGAAGUCCCGUUUCGCCUCGAAGUGAGCAGCACUUCCCUCCUUCGCCUGCAACAUCAGCAACGAGCGCUCUGCCACCAUCCAAGGCGAUCAUCGGUGGUGUGAAACGAUGGAUCUCGAUCAACAAACCCGGAGGUUCGCCUCGGCUCGGGAGCUUUGGACAUCGCAAAUCGAGUAAACGCUACAGCAUUGCGUCUUCGGAGGGAGGAAACGGUGAUCGCCACGAUACUAGACGCGGUGACACGGCUGCACCGAAUCGCAGCUCUGGUGUGGCCGGCUCUGGUGCACUCCUGUCUGCUACGACUGGCAGCGGCGGCUUCGACCCGCACACAUUCAACUUUGCAGGUCGUUGGCAAGCUGUGGGUCCCACGGUGUCUGGAUCGAAUGUAGCAAUCGAAGCUGCGCUCAACAAAGCAUGCAAUCCGCACAUCUCGGAAGAGGAAGAGGAAGAGUACGCGUUCUACACAACACAAUUUCUCGAUGAGUACGCACGACCGAACGACGCCGACCUUGAAGACGACAGCAAUGGUGACGUUGAAGCCAACGGCUUGGUCAAACAAGUCCGGCCUGCCAGUGCGCCAUUAAUGGAUCACCACCUGAUCGAUGAGAAGGACAUUCAGAUCUACGAGGAAGGCGUUGCUGUUAGUGACGGUCGACCCGCUGCAGUCGACAAAUUGAUACGGUAUUCGACGAUCGAUCCGAUCUUGGUUAAUCACGCAAACGCAAUCAGUCAACUCUCUGUUCCGGUCGUUGCGGCCUCCUCCUCGAUAUACCAGCCGAUCCCUAUGUGCGCAGGUGUGUCAACAAACACUCCCGCUACAACGAUGCCUUCAGCUGGAGCUUCAGGGUUGACGACAUCUGAAGCGAAGAUCAGGGCAUAUAGCUCUUGGCUCUCCUUGGGACAGACAAAGCUAGCCAGCUUCUGA